CGCGCAGCUCACCAUGGAAAUGUCAACAAGAUGAACCAGAAAAUGAUUGGAAACCUGGGGUAUUAUAACAUCAAGAAUAGUUUCCGAUCUAGGACGACGUGUGUGUAUUUAAGUUUAAAGUUUAAUGCUGUCAUGUAGACCUGAUUUCCCAAAGCAGCACCAUGAUGGCAAACUCUUUGAAGGAUAUGGAUGGGUUACCCAGUAGACUAGAGAACCUGGGAAUACAAGACGGUCAACCCACAUUAGAGUCACAAGACAAUGGAGUAAACAGACCACCCACCCCCGAAUCACCUGGUGGUACAGAGUACAAUGACUUUCGACGCAAGUCUCAAAUUGAUUUAGAAAAUAUACCAGAUGUACAUCAGUUUUAUCCUGAAAUAAAAGGAACUUAUGGCAAAAUGGCAGUGCAAUCUCCAAUCGAUGAAGAUAGACCUGAAUCAGCAUUUACAGACAUCACAGUUGACAUUCAUGAUGAUGACAAUGAGUAUUUGGAGAAGGUAUCUGAGGUUGAUGAAGACAGAGCAAUGAGUGGCAGUAUUGAUCCAAAGGCAGCUCAACAAAAGUUCAGCGACCAUCAGAUUGUUGAGUACAGAGAAGCUGAUGGUGCAACUGGUGGGGAAGGUGAACCAAGACAGUCUUUAGAUGAAAAGGGAAAUGAAGAAGGUGUAUUUUCUACUGCUGUUGAUGAAGAUAUGAUACGUUUGGCUAAAGAAAGGAUGAAAGAGCGAACUGAUGGUUCAGUGUUUGCCACAGAAAGUUGGACUGAAACUGCAAAGGAGGGCAUUACUUUGCAGAAAAUUGUGGAUGCUAGAAGACAAGAACAUUAUGAGAAGGCUCUAAAACUGAUGAACGACAAAGAAUAUGUGCGGGCAAUUCGAACAUUAAACAAAGCAAUCAGCCUAAACCACGGCCAUGUAGACUACUACAUUCAACGAGCGGAAUGUUUCAUCCAGCUUUGCGAUUUCCAGUCAGCCAUCUUGAACUACAAACACGCUUGUGUCCUUGAGCCUGAGAAUAUGGAUUAUUAUUCAAGACUUUCUUUUAUAUAUUAUUUCCAAGGACAGUGUUUGUUUGAUCAGAAGAUGUAUUCUGAAGCCUUGGAGGCAUUCUCCCGGGCAGCUGAGAUGAGCCCCGAGGUGUCUGGUUACCAUACUAGAAGCAUUGCUUGCCUGGCUGCUCUAGAGAGACAUGGAGAGUGCCUGGCAUUGGUCAACAAAAGAUUAGAGGCUGAGCAGGACAAUCCUGACUUGUUUAUUAUGAGAGCAAGAUUGCAUGAGCUGUUCAGAAAUAGAACAUUGUGCUACUAUGAUGUGAAAGAUGCCCUAGCUCUAAACCCUCAACAUCCUGAGGCAAUCAAUUUAAUGAAAAUGCUCGAUGAACGGGCCAAAGAUCACCGUCAACAAGCUUUGCAACUUAGCCUUCUGGGAAAACCAAGGGAAGCUUUACAGAAAAUCUCAGUUGCCAUAGAAACAAACCCUAGUAUUGCUGGGCUGCAUGUCUUAAGAGGAUCUCUACAUAGAAAACUGCAGGACUACAAUGCAGCUAUUGAUGAUUACCUCCUUGCAUUGGACAAGACAGACCAUGAUGAGGAGUCGUCAACCUAUCAGGAAUCUCAGAGACAGUUACUCCUCACAUAUAAUGACUUUGCUGUUGAGUGCUUCACAAAGGGCUUCUAUGAGGAGGCUAUUAUAUUACUUAACAAGGCUAUCAAAGGGGAGAAGAGGGAGAAGGGGCUCUAUGUCAACAGGGGAGAUUGUUUCUUUAAACAAGGGGAGCCCCACUUUUCCCUACAAGACUACCAUCAGGCCUUAGAGAUGGACCCCUCAGACCAGGGGGUCAGGGCCCGCGUUGCUAUUGUACACAAUGAAUUUGGAAUUAUAGAAUAUGCAGACAAGAACUAUCCGGAAGCUGAUUCCAGAUUUACACUAGCCAUCCAGAAUAAUCCCUCAGUGGGCAGAUAUUAUGUGUCUCGGGCCAGGGCCAGGUAUAUGAUGGAGAAUGGCUCAGGUGCAAGGGAUGACAUCCUCCUUGCUUUACAUCUAGACCCCGAUAACAAGGAAAUAUUCGGCAUCAUGUCACGAUUGUACCCUGGUAAGACAACUAGUGAUGUCAUACGUAGCCCAGCUGCUGAGAAGGCUCGUAGACAACUUCAGAACCUCGUCACGACUGCAUCACCCGUGAGAUUAAAGUCAUUGGAUUCCCAGAGUGUUACUUGGAAUCAAGAAGCCAGUGUUGCUGAUUAUAAAGUUUGUUUAAAUGAGGAAGAACUGGUGCUAGAAUUGGUGAAUGAAAAGAGGAAGGUCCAUAAACAAUUAAAAGAAAAAUAUUUAAAUCGUAAAACCCUGAAACACGACGGUGCCAGAGUGACUGCCUUACCACCCGCACGACCUUAUAAGGUGCAAGGAAACCCAGUGACAAAACAGGAAGUUGUAGUUGAUGCUCCGAAGGGAGUUGGAAAAUCUACCGGAUGGAGGACGUUUAGUCUUGGAAUAGGUUUACGGUGAUAAAGUAUUAAUAAUAGGAAAAUAGUGUGAUAGAGCGGUUGUAAUUGUCUUCCAAAUACAAUCCUGAUGUCAUUUGUCGGGUGGAUUGUAAUGCAAAGUCAAGGAAAGUGCAUAUUCUGCAACCAAGCAGUUUUAAAUUGAUUAUUUCAUUUGCCAACAUGAAUUACUGCCAAAUCCAUAAAUUGCAUUUCACAAAAGAAUUUCACCGGAGUUUCAAGAAAUCUUGUGAACUGAAAAUAUUAAGGACAAUAUUUCAUUUGUGCUUGCAUUGUUCAGAAUAUAUGAAAUUAUUGUGUUGAAUCUAGUCUAAUAUGUAUCCAUUUAGUUUCAUAUAUUAUAUAAGAUGCUAUGAAUAAACAAUUGAAGAGAUAUUGAGAAAUAGAAUGUCUAUCAAAAUAACCCAAGUGCAAAUUCAAUUCAAACCCCCUGUUAGUACCUUAAGUAAUGCCUUCAUGAAUGUUUUACUUGCAGAAAUGCAAAAUGAUGUCUUGCAGACAACCAAAAAAGUGUAAAAGAUCCCAAUAGACCCAUUAAUUGGUCAAUCCUGUAUUUCAUUUCUGUUUUAUGUUUUGAGGAAUCAGAUUUGUAUUUGCACAUUCCUCCAUCAAUGUUAUGCUGAGUGUUUAAUAGUGUAUAGUAUAUACCAGUGACCUCCCCAGCAUUAAAGCAAGUGGGCGCAACACCAACCUGAGAUUUUGAUAAUAGGCCUGCACCCACCUGAGAAACCAUUUGCACCCACUUGAAAAUGAGAAAA